AAGAAUAUAAUGCGAAAAUAAAAUUAUAUAAGAUAAAUUAAAUGUUUUAAACAAUUUAAUGUCAUGGAGAAGGAAAAGAUGAAGAUGGAAAUAAAACUAGAUAACCAGUUAAUGAUAACUUCAAGUCGAUGAAGAAAGCUUUCGUUUAGAGUUGGUAUUUGUUGAAUCAGUUGAAUGUAAAGACGUUAUUUACGCUAAGAAAGUUGGAUCUGUUGUUAUUGUUUUAUCAAUAUAUUUAAAUACGUAAUGUCGACGAAAUCCUCCGUCGAUUUGCGAGCAGAACUCGCUGAAUUAGUGAAAAGGAAAGCAGAAAUAGCUGACACUCUUGCCAAUUUAGAACGCCAAAUCUAUGCAUUUGAAGGUAGUUAUUUGGAAGACACACAAUUGUAUGGUAAUAUAAUACGUGGCUGGGACAGAUAUUUAGCCAGUAAUAAAAAUACUAACAGUAAAGCAGAUAAACGAAAUAGGAAAUUCAAAGAAGCUGAAAGACUAUUCUCAAAAUCUUCUAUUACCUCUAUGGCUGCAGUCAGUGGACUUGUUGAAAACACCCAGGAAAAAAUUGACCGGUACAGUGAAUCGGAGUCGCAGAUCGGCAACAGCGGUAGCGAGGACAAUUGCAGCCUCGUAAAUUCUCAUGGAACAGCUGCCAAUAGCGGCAAUAGCAACGGUAAUAAGGAGUCGUCCGGGAAAAACCACUCUGUAACUGGUCAGUAUAGCCAGAAUGGAUCUAUCGCCUCUUCAACCGAGAUUGCUAGACAAUUUGCGAACGGGCACGCGAGCAAUGGCAGCCUGGAGCACGUCUCCUUGAAGGAGAACACUGGAAAAGAGCCUUCGAAAAAUAAGUCUGGGAACAACGCGAAAAAGAAUAGCAACAAGAGGUCCAGAAAUAGGUAGAAUAACCUCGAGCCGGUGUAAUCUCUGGAUAGUUCACGCGAGGACUAUCAAUGGAACAUUUCUUCCUUCUAUUCUCAUUCGAUUCUGUCGAUAUACCAGAUCUCACUGUUUUAUACAAUAAGUGCACCACGGAAUGCUGACUUUUUAUGGGAGAGUUACAGGCUUAUCGUUAACGAAUAAGAGCAUUAGGAUUAGUAAGUGAAUAACAGUUUGGGUAACGAAGGGUGUCGUUUUACCAUCCGGAUAGGAUUUCUAUUUCUGUUUCCAUAAAGACUAUGAUUGUAAGCCAACGUAUAUAGUAUUGUACAAAGAUAAAUUUCAGGUUUAGAGAUGAAAUGAUAUCAAUCGUCGUCUUAUUCGGUUAGUUGAACAGUAUGUAUUACGCUUAAGAGAUAAUGUAGAAUUAUGAAAUCUUUAGUUCUCACUUGAGAUUUUAUUCCUUGUAAUUCCGUGUUUCACGACAACUAUCAAAUCUGUUACCAUUAGUUAAGCUCAGUCAAAUUUUGUCAUCUCCACUAUUUAAGCGUUAUAAGAGAUCCUAAUAUUUUCUGUCCCAAUUUUAACGAUCCGAUAGUUUGUUUUAUAGAAGAUUUGUAUUAGAAAUAGUUGGUACAUUUUGUUACUUUUAUAAUAUAUAAGGUUCCUCGAAUGAUUUUAAUACGUAUAUAAAAAAAUAGCAUAAUAUUUGUAGCUGUAGUGAAAAUAAAACUAAUAAUUGCACAAAGAAAUGAAGUUGGAUAAUCAGAGUAUUAUUUGUAAUCGCGUCAUGUUAAAGGUUCAAACUGUUUGUUUAUUUUUCUAAGUCAAUUUUAUUUUUGAUGAUACUUUACGUAAUAUAUGUUUAUCUAUCCUCUGCAAAAUAUGAUUAUUCAUACUUGUAAAAUUAAAAUUUUAACAGAUAGUAUAAAAAAAUUGACAAAUAUUUUUUGUAACCACUGUAUUUAAAUAAAGCAUUAUUAAUAAAGGA